AUGUCAGGACUUAAAGAAGAACUAGACCCAUUCGCUUAUUUGAAUGUUUACUUCUACCAUUUUGAAAAGUCUACAUUUGACAAAGUUUGGAACAUCGAACCAGUUAAGUUUGCUAUUGUGACUAAAAAUGGUGCGAAAUUUGAAGACUUAGACAUAGAAGGUUUGUUAACAGUCAAAGAAAGUUUUGACAGAAGGUUUUCAAACCUUAAAGAAGGCAAAGCAUACAAACUUGUUAUACCUUAU